AUGACUUUCAGAUCAUGUAAUGCAGCAAUGCGAUAUAGAACCAUUGACGGAACGUGUAACAAUCUACACAAACCACGAGACGGAUCCUUUAAAGAUACUCUUCUAAGACUGGUACCUAACGCAUAUGAGGACGGAAAGUCUUUGCCACGGUUUAACGGUUUUGAUGGAUAUCUACUUCCUAGUGCCGGGGAAAUAUCUCAAAAAGUCCUCACUAACGUAAGUGAACCUGCACUUACAUCACUUACCAAUUUACACCAGGUGUUUGGCCAGUUUCUAGCCCAUGACAUCGUCCUAACAAAAACAAUGAAAACAUCAAGUGGUGGGAACUAUAAAUGUUGUAAAGAUACGGGUAUCGAUGAAACCUUGGGUUUAAGAGGUGAACCCUGCUACCCUAUUAAAUGGCCCAAUCCAGUAGGCGACCAUGGAUGUGGAAACUUUGUCAGAACAGUUGGCGAGAUAGACUGUAAAUCACAUAUAAGAGAGCCGAUAAAUUUUUUAACAGCUUUUGUGGAUGGAUCUGGGGUAUAUGGAUCAACUAAAGAUGAAAGUCAUUCUCUAAGAUCGUUUGUAGGAGGGAAGUUGACGAAAAGUGCCCACGACCUCUUACCUGCUAGAGGUAAUCCUCAUGAUAAAUCAAAUUGUAUCCUGUUUACAGAGAAUGAUUUUUGUUUUGAUGCUGGGAAGUUGACGAUUAGCGCACACGCACUCUUACCUGCUAGAAGUAAUCCUGAUGAUAAAUCAAAUUGUAUCCUGUUUACAGACAAUGAUUUCUGUUUUGAUGCUGGUGAUAAACGAGUCAAUGAAGUAUCUGGUUUGACCGCUCUUCACAUAGUGUUUAUGCGUUAUCACAACCUAAUUGCACAACAACUAUCCACAAUGAACCCUUCAUUGGAUGAUGAAAUUCUAUUUCAAGAAACAAGAAGAAUCAUUGUCGCUAUAAUACAAAAGAUAACUUAUCAUGAAUAUCUACCAUUAUUGAUAGGACCAGCUGCUAUGAGUCAAUAUGGACUAACAGAACCGUAUUCCUACAAUCCCAAUAUAUCACCUGGUAUCUUCAGUAGUUUUAGUGCAGCAGCGUUUAGAUAUGGUCAUUCUUCCGUACCUAAUAAGUGGACAAAUGGUAAUAGUCGACUUCCCCUCGGUGUCAUGUUUCAGAGGCCAUAUUAUAUUCAAAUUGCAAAUGGAACCGGUUACGAUCAUACGAUGAAGGGAAUGCUCAUAGAUUCUAGUCAAGAAGUAGAUCUAGAAUUUAAUAAAGCUUUUCAAGUUGAUUUGUUUAAUACCGACGCAUUUGCUGGGAACACUCUUGCAGCAAUUAACAUACAAAGAGGUCGAGACUUCGGGCUACCAUCGUAUAACACAUUCCGUGAAGCUUGUGGACUUCCUAGACUUAACUCGUUUGAUAACGGAUCAGCUCAGUUUAAUAGAUUGCAAAUGGUUUACUCGCAUGUUGACGAUGUUGAUCUGUAUAUCGGCGGACUUUCAGAAGAUCCAGUAACCGAUGGUAUUGUUGGACCAACAUUUGCUUGUAUCAUUGGUCAACAAUUCAAUAACCUGAAAUUCGGAGACCGAUUCUGGUUUGAAAACGCACAAUCUUCUGGAUUCUCUCAAGGGCAGAUGAAUGCAAUCCGUAAUCUGACAUUCUCUCGAGUUAUUUGUGACACCGCCAAAAUUGAGAGAAUUCCCACCUUCGCGUUUCUUCACGAAAAUAACAGUACUAAUAUCUUAGUAGAGUGUUCUGACAACACAGAAACUCCACCAUCAAUGAAUAUUAUUAGAAAACUAGAACCACAAAAAGAAGAUGAAACAAUGAGUUAUAAGUUUUUACGAGCAACAGACUUUGAAUAUGUAAAACUAUAUUUUCUUUAUCAUCAAUGUUACUACUCCUCAGUUGAUGUUCAUAAAAGUCAACAAAAUAAAGGGUUUAUAAUACAUUUUUUGAUAAUCGAGGAUGAAGCUACAUCAAAGGUAUAUAUUUGA